CUUUCUGAUGGCGGUCGUUUGGCUGCUUUUGCUACCGUCUGCAGGACCUGAGGCUCUAGGUCACUCGGUGGAGCGGAGCUUAGAGAAACUGGAAGGAGCCCGAGGGGGCGCCGUCCACACUGCCCAGGAGUGAGUGGGUUGCGGAACCCGCUUCCGGGAUUUUCGGCCUAGGUCUCCGCCAUUAUCCCGCGCGACUCCUGGCACCACCGCGCCCAGAGGGUCCUAUGUCAACCAACGCGGUGCAGGACCCGGCCCAGGUUCCCAUGGUAGCAGCAGCAUUUAUGGUCCCUGGACAGGGCCAUGUGAUCUUUGAGGAUGUGGCUGUGUCCUUCUCCCAGGAGGAAUGGGGUCUCCUUAACGAUGCUCAGAGACUCCUGUACUGUGACGUGAUGCUGGAGAACCUGUCACUUAUAGCCUCCCUGGGGUGUUGGCGUGCAGUAGGUACUGAGGAGGCCACUUCUGAACAAUGUGUUUCUGUAGAACAAGUGACACAAGACAGGAAUCCAAAUCCAGACCUAUCUAUCCUGAAGACUCUUACUUCAGAUACGGGUACCCUGGUAGAGAAAGACGUUUUGUACCUGGCUGAGCACCAAGGAGUGCAUCCUGGGCUGAAACCAUCCUCUUCUGGGGCUUGUGGGAAAAUGUUCACUUCUCAUCUACAACAGCACCAGAAGCAGCCCAGUGGAGAGAAACACCUCAGAAGGGAAGAGAAUGGGGCCUUGCUUGUGACAAGCUGCAAAGUCUUUUUACCCGACAAUAUGUUCACAUGCGGAGAGGUUGAGAAGGCUUUCCUAGGCAGCUUGGGCUUUCCCCAGCACCAGCCCUCCCACGAUGGACAGCAUCCACGUAGAAGCAGGCAGAGCAGGGAGGUCUCUCACCCUGGGCAAGGGCAUUAUGAGUGCAGCGAAUGUGGCAAAGCCUUCAGUAAGAAGUAUAAAUUCACGGAGCACCUGAGAGUUCACACUGGAGAAAAACCUUAUGGGUGCAGCGACUGCGGGAAGUUCUUCAGACUCAGGGGGGGUCUUUCUCAUCAUCGGAGAGUUCACACAGGAGAAAAGCCUUUUGACUGCAGUAAAUGUGGCAAAGUCUUCAUCUACAAAUGUAAACUUGUUCAGCACCAAAGAGUCCACACUGGAGAAAGACCCUAUGAGUGUAACGAAUGUGGGAAAGCCUAUGCCCGCAAGGAUUCACUUGUCCAGCACCAAAAGGUCCACACUGGAGAGAAACCUCAUAAAUGCAGUGAAUGUGGGAAGCUCUUCCUUUACAGAAAUAAACUUCUUGUGCACCAGAGGAUCCAUACUGGAGAAAAGCCUUUCAAGUGCACCAAAUGUGGGAAGUCCUUCAGUUAUAAAACCAGUCUUAUUAUCCACCAGAGAACCCACACUGGAGAAAGACCUCAUAUGUGCAGUGAGUGUGGGAAAGCCUAUGUCAACAAAAAAAGUCUUAUUGUACACCAGAGAAUUCACAAUGGAGAAAAAGUUUAUGGGUGUAAGAAAUGUGGGAACUUCUUUAUAAGCAGCUUUGCCCUCAAUAAACACCAGAGUGUUCACACUGCACAAAGGCGUUAUGAGUGCAGCGAAUGUGGGAAAGCUUUCAAGAGGAAAAUCAGACUUGCUGAGCACCAGAGAAUCCACACUGGAGAAAGACCCUAUGAGUGUAAUGAAUGUGGGAAAGCCUUCAAGCUAAAGAAUACACUUGUUAGCCACCGAAAUGUCCACAGUAGAACAAAGCCUUUUCAGUGCAGUGAAUGUGGGAAGCCCUACAGUAACAAAACAAGUCUUGCUGUCCACCAGAGAAUCCACACUGGAGUAAAGCCUUUUCAGUGCAAUGAAUGUGGGAAGCCUUACAGUUACAGAACAAGUCUUAUUGUCCACCAGAGAAUCCACACCGGAGAAAGGCCUUAUGAGUGUAGUUCUUUGUAUGUAGCUCCAAGCUCAUAAAAAAGAGGAAAGUUCACACUGGAGAAAUGCCUUCUGGACUUAAGUGUUCCUUCACUUGAGUUAAUAUCUAGCACCACAACUCCUGUGUUGUAGAGUAGGUGAAUGUUUAACUUAUGUGGGGUCAGUCAAACUUUUUAAAGUGGUAGUAUCCUUUUACAGUCUCGCCAGAAACACCAGAACACAAGUUCCCAUUCUUUCCAUUCUUACCAACACUUGGUAUGUGCAGGCUUUCUGAUUUUUGUGACAUCAUAGGUGUAUAGUGGUAUCGAGUGAUUUUAAUUUGCAUUUCCCUAAUGACAUGAUGCUGAGUGGUCUUCCAUGUGUUAAUUUCCAGCCAUAUAUUGUUAUUGAAAUUUCUAUUCAUCUGAUUUGUUAAUUACUGACUUUUGACAUUUCUUCAUGAAUUAUUAAGGUCCUCUAAUGGAAAUACUUAGCAAUACAUUCUUCCAGAAUUGGUCUUUUCAAUCACUUUUCCAGAGAAAAAGUUCUUAAUUUUAGUGUAGUCUAAUUUGUCCAUUCUUAUACUUUUUCCCUUGUUUCUUCCUGUAACUUUUAUGGUUUAGAGUUUUUAUUGAUGUAAAUGAAUCAUUUUCAAUUACUUGUGGGAGUUAUUUUUUAAAAUAUAGAUACCCAAUUGCUGCAGUGAUACUGAUUUUAAAAAUUAUACCUUUUCCCCUGAAUUGCUUUCGUAUCUUCAUCGAAGGUCAGUCAUUUAUGUACAUGUUUAUUUCUGGAAUUUCUAUUCUGUUGCAUUUAUCUACUUUAUUUGUGCCAGUAUUUUCAUCUAUUAACUAAUUUGUUUUUAUAGUAUGUCUUGAAAACAAGGUUGUAUACUCCUUUGACUUUCUUUUUUUUUUCAUUCAUUAUAACCUUUCUUGGUUCUUUGCCUUUCCAUAUGAAAUUUAGAAUCCACUUUUCAGUUUAUACAGCACAAAAAUCCUACUAGGAAUUUCACUGGGAUUGUAUUUAGUCUUCAAUUUAUUUUUAUUUUUUGGCUGUUCCACACAGCUUAUGGGAUCUUAGUUCCCUGAUCAACAAUUGAACCUGGGCCAGGGCAGUGAAAGCGCUGAGUCCUAACUACUGGACCUCCAGAGAAUUCUCCUAAUCUUCAAUUUAGAAAGAAAUACAGAGUGUCCCAAUCCAUAAACAUGAUACAUCUCCUUUUAUGUAGAUCUUAUUUAGUUUUGAUGGAAAUGUUUUUAGACUUUUUUAUAGGUCUUGCAUAUGUAUUUUCUACAUCUGAUAAUAUUAUGAAUGGGAAUUAAAAUGUUUUUUUCCUUUGUGAAAUGUUCAAUGCUAGUACACCAACAGAUAUCAAAUUACGGAUAGAAGUGAGCCUUCUUAAUCCUACAACAUCUACAAAGAGCUAAUAGAAAUACUAUACCUUUGAACCAUUAUUAAACUAUUGCCAUUAGAAUAAAAGGAGGACAGCUGCUGAUUGUUCUCUUAUUCAGUAUCAUCCUGGAGUUCCAAUUUCAUUCAAUACAAAAAAAAAAAAACCGGCAAAAUAAUGAAUAUGUAGCAAUUGGAAAGGAAGAAAGAAGCCACCUAAAAUAUGUCUUCAGUUUUAAUCUUCACUAUGAAUGCAAAUGUGGACACUCAGUGCCUUAACCCAUAGUAAACUCACAAUUUUUUCAUCACCCAUUCGCUGACCUUCUUACUUCCUUAGGACCCCAUCACCUUCUAUUACACUAUGCAACUUAAUAUCAUAGAAGAACUGCUUAUUUUAUUUUUCUAUCAAAUACAGAGUAAGUUCCAGUAGGAAAAUAUGUAUUUACAUGUUGUGCACUGAUACAUUCUGUAUUCCUAGAAACAAGUCUGAAACACAUAUGGUACUUUAUUAUUUUUGGCCUCACUGCACAGCAUGUGGGGUCUUAGUUCCUGCAACAGGGAUCAAAUCCUUGCCCCCUGAAAUGGAAGCGCAGAGUCUUAACCACUAAAACGCCAGGCAAGUCCCCCAUGUGGUACCUACUGACAUCUUAAAAUACAGAACAAAAUGAUAAUGCACAUUUAACAUUCAUUUGCACAACUGUGGGUAUACUUUCUAACUUUCCUCACCCUUCCUUUUCCUUCAGUUUUACUACCAUGAAUGCUCUGAGUUAUAGGAAGAAAUUAUGUUUUGUGAAAAGCCUUUAAAUCUACUAAAAAAUCCCCAGUAGGCAUUUUAGUGGUUUCGUUCUUUCACUUAUUAAAUGUGAGCUGUUUUUUUUUCCCCCUCACAUUCCACUGGGAUUUUGAUUAUUUCAAAAACCAGUUUUCCACCAUCAAUUUCUGCCACUCCUCAUGGAUAUCUCAUUAAGCACUCUUAUUAUUAUUAUCU